GUUCUUAAUCAGAAGAAGAAGCUCUCACACACCCUCCCAAACCUCUUUAUCAAGCUAUCAUGGAAAACGUACCAAUCCCCGGCAAGCAAAUUAACUGUAACGUGGUAGUCAGCGUUGAUCCUGGCAACCAAUGCAGUCAACAACCUGCCUUCCCCCAACAACAACCUCAGGUGGUUCAACCUGUUCAACAACCUGCCUUCCAGUUCCACCAACAACAACCUCAGGUCAUUCAACCUGUUCAACAACAUGCCUUCCAGUUCCAUCAACAACAACCUCAGGUCAUUCAACUUGUUGAACAACCUGUCUUCCAGUUCCAACAACAACCUCAGGUCGUUCAAUCUGUAAAUCAGGUGGUGGUGGUGCAGCAGCAGCGGCGGCCAACUGAUGUUCCUGGACAGAUGACGUGUCCUCACUGCCAAAACACUGUUGUCACUACAGUCACGUACACAAAUGGUAUGCUCACCUGGCUGAUCUGUGGCACACUAGGAAUCUUCUUGAUCUGGCCUUGCUGUCUCAUCCCCUUCUGUGUGAAUGAAUGCAAGGACGUGCAGCAUUCCUGCCCCGUCUGUAACAUCAUCCUGCACAUUCAUAAACGCAUGUGAAAAAGCACCGCAGUGACCUCUCCAACAAAACAUAGAAAAGUCAUCCAUGACUAAAUAAAACAUUUAGACAGGAGCCAAACCCCUAUAUGCAAACACAUUGGACGUAGCCAUGAACCCUGUGCUCACUUGUGUCAAAUGUGGGUUGUAACUGCAUUACUCUGUACUUUAUAUAUUCGUAGAUAGAAUAUUACAUAAGAGCUGUUUUAUCUUCUUUUCCUUUAUCUGUUGAUUUAAAAUGUGCAAUCGUGUUGUAAAAAAUGUGAUGCAGAAAAUCAUGAUUGUAUGAAGAUCGACCUAAGUAAAGUUAAUCAAAUAUAACAAAACUCAGGGCCAGAUGUACUAAUUAUUUUACGCCCACUUCAAGUGUAUUUGUUACGCAACAUGCACGUUAUAGCAUGGCGAGGUAUGUAAAAACAGGCCACACUGAGGUAAAAGCGCAGACUGCCUGUCGCGGGAGCUGAAAAUGGCAAAGUGCCCUUUUCCGUGUCAUGCAUUUGCAUUCAUGGCAGGGUAAAGGGGAAAGUGGGAGUUCCCCAUAAAGUGAUGGGAGGGGAAGUGUAAAGUGCGCCUAAUUAUGUAUUCCGCUGUAUGUACAAAAAACGCCUGUGAAAUCGCGCCUCUCUUUUGCGGUGACAAUUCUCCGCCUCUUAAAACUACAUAGGUAGUAACACAAAAAAACAUUAAAAAACACGACGGUGACCAUGUCACACGCUUAGGAAAACAAUAAAUGGUUGGGUUUAGGAAAAGAACAUUGGGGAAGGGUUUAUUAAAAAAAACAAAAAAAAUAACACGGUUGAUAAACGCCACAUGCGAUGACACACGAUCCCAGCUCUCCUGGGUGAAGGUCCUGUGUUUUACCCAUCAGUGCACUUCUGUCCUUUCAUACUACUCACUACGGCGAUAAUUCACAUGUAAUGUAGGUC